AUGCAGGACAUUCGACUCACGGCCAUGUUGAUGGCCUGCUUGACGCUCUUUCCAUCAUCUGCAACUGCAUUCUGGCGUCUUCCCUGCCGUGGACGAUCUGGUGCCGCCCGGCUCGACCCAAUCGUGAACCCUGGCGAGGUUUCUGGACACACGCAUGCAAUCCACGGAUCUGGAAACUUUGGAAUGAGCUCCAACCAAGCUUCUCUUCGGGAAUCUGAUUGCACGUCGUGUGCAGUCACGCAGGAUAAAUCUGCUUAUUGGACCCCGGCUCUAUACUUUAUGCACACCAACGGCAGUGCCGAAAUGGUGGAGGAGGUUGGAGGCAUGCUUGCGUACUAUCUUCUUUACGGAGAGAACAUCACUGCUUUCCCCGAAAACUUCCGCAUGCUGGCAGGUGAUCCCUUCCAGCGUAACUUCACUUGGCCAGUUCCGGACCCUCCCAAAUCCUCGUGGACUGGUGCGCAGUCCUCGCAGGCUGCCCUGCGCCAAAAGGCGCUCGGAUUCAACUGCUUGAACUAUCAGUCCACCGCCGAGGCUUCUCUCUACCGUCACUUCUUGCCUAACAAAACCUACCUUGAUGAGCACUGCACCGACGGUGUUAGAUUCGAGCUCAUGUUCCCAUCCUGCUGGAAUGGCAAGGAUGUCGACUCCGACGACCACACAUCGCACGUCGCGUAUCCAUCUCUCGUUAUGGAUGGUACUUGCCCCGAGGGUUACGAGACUCGCUUGGUUUCACUCUUCUACGAGACCAUUUGGAACACCUAUGCUUUCAAGGACGUGGACGGCUACUUCGCCCUCGCCAACGGAGAUCCCACUGGAUUCGGAUACCACGGUGAUUUCAUGCAGGCCUGGGACGACGGCGUUUUGCAGGAGGCCAUCGAAACUUGCACAAGCGAGACCGGUCUGGUUGACGAAUGCGAGAUCUUUGACAUCCAGACUCAAGACAAGCAACAGCAAUGUGAGUUCAAGGUGCCAUCGGCCCUUGAGAACGACGAGGUCUUUAUGCACGCCGGUGGAUUGCCUGGCGAUAUGACCAUUGAAUGGGGACCUGCCUACGCUGUGAUGGACAUGGGCUCUGGACACGAUUCAUCCUCAACUUCAACUUCGACUACUACUGCUCCCGGUCUCAUCCCGACGCUCUCGCUUCCUUCAAUCCCCACCAUUUCCCUGGGUGCUGGCAUCUCGAUUGACCCGGGUCAGCUGCUUGACAACCUCCACGUCGCCAACACCGCUGCCAACAGUCCCACCACCGCCGCUGCUGCCGCCAACGCUGCUGCCGAAACUGCUGUUGCUCCUACAACCACAACCGCUCCGACUUCGACCUCCACGCCUACGCCGACCCCAACCCCGACUACUUCUAUUAUUGUCGACCCUAUCACGGAGGAGAUCAUCUACCUCCAGCGGGAUAUCGUCGUUCUAGUUGACGGGCAGGGUAACCCGUACUCCACCAGCACCGGCGAUGUCCGCACUGUGUCUACUGCUACCACGACCGUGACCGAAACGUCCACCGCCGUCUCUUACGUGAAGAAAGACACUAUUCCGGAGCCCGUAGAAGUGGAGCAACCUUCUCGCCAUGCGCGCAGACACCUUCACCAUCGUCACGGUCACACACACAACACGGUCUAA